GCGGGGAGGCCACCGCGCGCUCCGCACCUUCCCGGCGAGCGCCGGGCGUUGUGUGGGUGCUCCCCGCCGCGGCGGCGCCAUGGAGCGCGUGUUCACGCCGCUGGACUGCCUGCUGCCCGCGGGAAACAUGAAGUUUUGCCUUCUUAUUCUGAACCAGCCUUUCAACAAAGGUCAUUUUCACUGUCUGUGGAGCAAAGCUACUCUGAGAGCUUGUGCUGAUGGAGGUGCCAAUCGUCUCUACCACAUCACAGAAGGAAGCCGUGACAGCUUCUUGCCUGAUUACAUCAGUGGUGAUUUUGAUUCCAUUAGGCCUGAAGUCGAGGAGUACUACAAGGUCAAGGAGGCUGGACAUCUUUACAUCAUGCUUCAAUACGUAGAGCAAAAAUGUAAUAACCUGCAGAACCAAAGAAGACGGGUAGUCAUUUUCCUACAACAGAAGUUACUUACCACUCAUCAUGGGUGUGAGUUCAUAGAGACGAUGGAUCAGGACUUCACCGACUUCACCAAGUGCCUUCAGAUACUUCAGAAAAAGAUAGAAAAGAGCAAUCUCCAGAUUGAUGUAAUUGUGGCUUUGGGUGGCCUUGGAGGACGCUUCGACCAGAUAAUGGCAUCAGUGGAAACGCUCUUUCACGCAACAAGAAUCACUCCUUUUCCAGUGAUCGUUAUUCAAGAGUGCUCCCUGAUUUACCUGCUUCAGCCUGGCAAGCACAGGCUGCACGUGGACACGGGCCUGGAAGGCGACUGGUGUGGCCUCAUUCCCAUCGGGAACGCCUGUGACAGCGUGACCACCACGGGCCUCAAGUGGAACCUCACAAACCACGUGCUGAAGUUUGGAACGCUCGUCAGUACUUCCAACACCUACGACCGCUCUGGGAUGGUAACGGUCGAGACGGACAAGCCUUUGCUGUGGACAAUGGCUAUCAAGGAGUAAGACGAGCUACAGCUGCCUUUUCUUACCUGACUGCCUUCAAAUUGCUGCAAAAAUGCACUGGACCUAGACAGCAGAACCGUCCCAAGGGAAAGAAUCAUGYACUGAUUUUAUGGAGUGAAUGGAAAAAAAGCCUGAAAUAAAAGUCAGUUGAGAUCAAAUCAAGUUUAGCUACAGUGACCUGAUUCUGGUACCUCAUACUGUCCACUCAAAAAAACCACUCRUGCUGUCAGCCAGUAUGAUGACAAACAGGUAAGAAUGGGUGUAAAAGGAAAACUACUGCUGCUAGGUGGGUCAGUACUGAUUAUUUUCACAAAGUACUUCGUUGCAGCACUGAGCUUUUUUUUUCCUGCUUUUGCACAGUAAAGUGUUUCCACAAAAAGUUGAUAAUGUAAGCACAGUUAAUCUCAUUUUCCUGUUCUGCUUCAUAUGAUAUAUACACGUGUUGCUGAAGAUUUCCCAGAGGACUAAUAAUUUAACCUUUCUACUUAUAAAAGGAAGCUGGUGCACUGAAGAAGCUCCAGCUCUGUUGCAAUGCCAGUAUCAAGCAUCUCCYAGUACCGAGUACUGUUAAAGGUCUGCAAUAAAAGUACAAGUGUAAUACCUAAUUAUUACUACAAUUACUGAAAAAUUACAUUAAUUUUUGGAGUGAGGUGAGCUUGCUAACCUCCUUUUGGAGAGGAAAAGAAGUGCUAGCAUAUACCAGUUUUGAUAGUCUCCAUUUCUAAAUAAUUUAAUAACUAACAGCGCRGUGGUCUUACACAGGUACCCUCUCACUGAUGGGUUUUGGAUAUGCCCCACCCAACAGUCUGAAGUUUGUUGCUUAUCUGAAAGGCUGUUUAAUAUCUCUGAAAAAAUAAGUUACAUUUAAGCUGGAAGUUUUAGUAACAAAGUAGAUUUCUUAUUCUU